AUGUCCGCCAAACUCAUCCUUCCGCUCCUCUCCCUCUCCGUCUUCUACUUCAUAUUCUACUUCGCCGACGCGAAUGGCCUCCGCGCACUCGGCGAUGCGGCCGUCCACGCCAAAAAGCUCCCCGGCUUGGACGUGCCCCUUCGAACACACUACACCGGCCUCCCGCACGUGGACCAGCUUCUCACCACGUUGACUACCUUCUUCUGGGUGACUACCGAUGGAAGCCAGCCGGGCCUGGUGCUUCAUUCGAUCGCUUUCUCGGGGACAUUUAGCUCGGCGUGGGUGCUUGUGACGCUGGAGUCGUGGAGGAAGGGGAAUGCGUGGACCAUCGCCGCGUUCCCCAUGGUUCUUGGUCUAACUGCCCAAGUACUAACCUUUGCGUUUGCCACGCCUCUCUACGCCUUUCUACACCUCGUCACUGCUGCUACGGCGUCGAACCCAACCCCCAGCAACAUGCGUAUUCCCCACGGCGUUCUCAAAGCCCUCCCUCACGUCUUCACCGUGGGCAUGUUCAUCCCCUCCAUGCUCAUGAUCGUGCCGCUCUCCGAAACAGUAACCCACGACCUGAAGCAAAUCUUCAUUGCCAUCUGGCAGCCCUGGCCCGCCUACGUAGCCAUCCUUCUUGUGGUCGCAAACGUCGUCGUCUCUCCCUUCUUCACCGACAAAGACACACCCGCAAAUAACCGCAGGAUCCAAAGUUCCCUGCGGUACGUGUACGCCUUCGCAUUCGCCAACACCACCAUCGCGCACCUCAUCAGCCUGGUCGUCUCGUUGUCCACCGUCGCGGUUCCCCAGAUCUUCCAGAAGAAGUAUCUCCAGUCUCUGCACCCGCUGAGCGUGUUCGAGACGCCUCUUCCCUGGGCGACGCCGGCGUUGAAGGUGGCCACCGUGGGACAGGGCGUCCAGGCUUUCCUGCGGUGGGAUUACAUCAUUGGGUCGGCGGGCGUUUUGGUCUGGGCCGUGAGCUUGUAUAGGAGUGCUCACCGUGCGACGGGCACGGAGGUUAGGUUGGUUGAUUUGUUGACAAAGGUGGUUGCCUUGUCGGUCUUGUGUAGUCCUACUGGUGCUGCUGUUGAGCUCAUGUGGGAGCGUGAGGAGCUGUUUCUUCGUGAUAUACGUGGUGAGAAGGUCAAGGCGAAUGGGGCCAAGAAGUAA